ACAAGAGGCUGAUGCUGAUGAGGGAGCAUGUGAAGCCAGAGCUGUGAAUGGGGCUUUAUCCCAGGAGGGACCUGCCUCUGCUCUGUCCCUGCCCUGCUGCCAGCACCAGCUGCAGGCAGAGUCCUGUGGGCAGCAGUGUGCCAGUAGCCUCUGAGCGGGGCUGGGGAGGCAGGAGACUCGUCCUUGGGCCAGGCUGAGGUUCCCCUGAAGUGCGUGGAGGUCUCCUGGGAAGACGUGUGUGGAUGAUCUGUUCUCCAGCGCACAGGGCUUUUGUGAGGGAGGCAGAAUGAAAGGCACAGGAAAGGAAGGACACAGCCCCGGUUACUCCCUUAUGGUGCUGCUCCAGCAUGUUCCACAGCCGUGCCUGGGUGGUGGGCUCAAUCUCAGCACGUGGACCAUAGCUCUUCGGGUGGCACCACUGCAGAAGGCAGCUCCAUGAGGAUCCAAAGAAUGAGGCAGAGACAUUGCUGCUGGGGAAAUGCAGCUGCCUUCGCCACCGCUGCUGCCUUGACCCUCCACUUCGCCGUAAGGGUGUAGAUCCAUCUGUGCAACCACCCCCCUGUGCCCUCCUCACCCAGCUGCCCACCAUGCCAGAGCUGGCAGAGCUGAGCAGCCCCCGCACCCCUGCAGACGCAGACCACAUCCAGAGGAACAUCUUGGAGGAGCAUGUGGAGCUCUGGUGGUUCCAGGACCCCAAGAAGUCCAUCCUGUGCUAUGGGAUGGCUGUGGUGCUGAUCCUGGCCUGUGGGAUUGGGGGCAUCAUCCUGCUGUACAGCACCAGCAGCCGGUCCGGAGAGUGGCGGCUGGCCGUGGGCACCACGCUCUGCCUCCUGGCCCUGCUGGUGCUGCUGAAGCAGCUGCUGAGCUCUGCGAUCCAGGACAUGAACUGCAUCCGCAGCCGGGAUCAGAUCGAGCUCCUCAAGAGCGGGGGCUUCUCGGACUGCCUGGUGCUGCUGCUCAGCUCCCUGGUGCUGCUGGUCUGCGGGCUGGUGCUCACCGUCCUCUCCACCACCACCACCAUGCAGCUCAGCCCCGCGCGGCCGCUGGCCAGCAUGUUCACCAGCGGGGUGGUCCUGCUGACUGCUGGCAGCGCCAUCCUGCUCUGCCUGCUGCUCUACCUGCUCUGCACCUCCUGCCGCCGGGCCGCCCCUCGGAGCCUGGAGGCGGGCGAGAUCCGCGUCUUCACCAUCUCCGGCCGCCUCGCCGGGAACAGGCGGCUUCCUCCCACCUCCAGCAUGGCCAACCUGAUCUGAGCCGGGACACUUGAGCCAGGACCCGUCAGUGCUGGCCUUUCCCGAAGGAAGGGCGGGAGCUGCGAUGUGCCUUGUGCUUCUGGCCGGGGAUUUGCUGGCAUUCGCUGUGCUGAUGGCACAGCAGAGACUCGGGGUGCCUGGACGGGCUCUGGGACCUGGUGUGUUGGGACUGCAGUGCUGGCCUGGUUGGUGUUUUAUCUCCUCAAACCUCCUGUGACAGCUGCUCCUGACCUGUGUCACAGAGCGAAGGUGAGCCUGUCCUGUACCCCUGGGGACCCCAGUGCUUGCUUGGUUCCUGCAGGUCCUGGAGCUGCCACGCGCUCUCCUGGCAGGAGAGGCUGUGAUUGUGGGUGGCAUAAAACCACCCUGUGCUCUGUGCAGGGCCGCCAGCUCCUGAGCAAAGUAGAGCCUCUAGCAGCUGGUGAAUGGCAGGGAAUACUCUGUGUCAGCAAGCAUGAGGCACAGGCAAAGGGAGCCUGGUGGGAGGUAUGGCUGCAGGGCCUGCUCCCAAGAAAGCACCUGUGUGUCUGUGGGAGUGAGUGUGGGAUUUGCAUGGGAUUCUUCGUGCCAGAGCCACAGCAUGGCUGGACCUCACAUGAAAUUCUGUUUGUGUUUGCAAUGCCAGGAUCU